AUGGCCACAGCAACACGAUCUGCCUCGGGUGCAGCCAGCUGUAUUUUCAUCAUCCUAGCAGCAACCACCAUGUCCAUGGCCACCUCCUCUUCCUAUGCCGGAGAAACAUCCAGCAGGAGCUGCAUCGCGGCUGAGAGGGCGGCGCUGCUCUCCUUCAAAACCGGCAUGACAAGUGACCCUGAAAAACGACUGGACUCCUGGAGAGGCCAUGACUGCUGCCAGUGGAGCGGUGUCACUUGCGACAACCGGACAGGCCACGUCGUCAAGCUCAGCCUCCGCAAUGCCUUCAUCGAAGAUGAUGAGAAUUUUGUUUGGUGCAUGCCUCGUGCUCAUGGGGAAUCCGGCGGAUUGCAAGGGAAGAUAAGUUCGUCUUUGCUUGCUUUACAGUACUUGAACCAUCUUGAUCUAAGUGGAAACAGCCUUGGUGGAGUAGGUGUGCCCAUACCAAAAUUCUUAGGCUCCAUCAAGAGCUUGACAUAUCUGAACCUUGCUUGCAUGAAUUUCGAUGGGGGAGUGCCACCUCAACUUGGUAACCUCUCUAGGUUGCUCCACCUUAACCUUGAGGCCACUAUUUUCUCUGAUACUCUUUUGCAUUCUGAUGACAUAUCAUGGUUAUGUCGCCUUGGUUUACUAAGAUCCCUUGACAUGAGUGGAGUGAACCUCAGCACUAUUCCUGAUUGGGUUGGGGUGGUCACCCUUAUUCCUUCUCUGGAAGUCCUUCAACUCAGUCAAUGUGGACUUAGUUUACAACAUGAACCCAUAGUGCAUUCAAAUCUUAGUUCACUUCAGGUGCUUCAUCUAUCUAGCAACGGAAUUGACACGUUGAAUCCAACCUACUGGUUCUGGGAUGUUCUCAUCAUCAAGGAACUUGACCUUUCAAGGAACAAAAUAGUUGGCCAACUUCCAGAUGCAAUCGGAAACAUGACAUCUCUUCAGACACUGAGGCUAGGUGGCAAUUACCUCUCAGGUGUAAAAUCUGAACUGUUCAAAAACUUGUGCAACCUCAGCUGGCUGGAGCUAUGGUCAAAUGAGAUCGACCAGGAUAUGUCAGAUUUUAUGGAGGGGUUUCCGGCGUGUACAAAGAGUAAAUUGAGGUCCUUAGAUCUGUCUGCUACCAACCUUACUGGCAGGAUUCCAAGCAGUAUUAAGCAGUGGAAAAAUUUAAGUGAUCUUCAACUUUCUGAUAAUAGGCUUGUGGGGUCAAUACCUUUGGGACUUGGCAAGAUGACUAAUCUACGGUCAUUGAUUCUAAACAACAACCAGUUGAAUGGUUCUGUAUCAGAGGAACAUUUUGCAAGUCUAGUGUACUUGAUGGAACUGAGUUUAUCUCACAACCCUGUACACAUCACUAUCAGCUCAAACUGGAUCCCCGCAUUUAAUCUGGAAGUGGCUCAUUUUGCAAGUACCAAAAUGGGACCUCAUUUUCCAUUGUGGCUUAAAGGACAGAAGGAUAUUUGGGACCUUGACAUUUCGGAUACAGGCAUAGUUGAUCCUGUCCCUGUUUGGUUUUGGACUGUAUUCUCCAAUGUCAGCUAUGUAAAUAUCUCUUGUAAUCAAAUAAGUGGUCGGUUGCCAGCAACACUGGAAUUUAUGACUUCUGCACAAAUGCUUGACCUCAAAUCAAAUGACUUCACAGGUUUGCUGCCACUGCUACCAGAAUCGUUAUUGUUCUUAGAUAUCUCCAGGAAUUCUUUAUCAGGAUCACUUCCCCAGGACUUUGGAGCUCCAAUGCUUAGAGAGCUUGUAUUGUUCGCAAACCAUAUCAAUGGAACAAUUCCAAUAUAUAUAUGUCAACUGCAGUAUAUGGAAGUGUUGGAUCUUUCAGAAAACCUUCUAGUAGGACAACUUCCCCAAUGUUCAAAAGGCAGAGAUGAUAAGGAAGAACUGAACACGACAGUAGAUCCCGGAAACAGGCUAUUGUCGGCUCUGAUCUUGCACAACAACAACCUGUCUGGCAAAUUCCCUGAAUUCUUGCAAUACAGUCCACUUUUGACACUACUUGAUCUUUCCCACAACAAGUUCGAAGGAGAGCUACCAACGUGGACAUCAGGGAAACUGCCAUAUUUGUCUUUUCUGUUGUUACGGCAUAAUAUGUUCUCUGGUUCUAUUCCAAUUGAGCUAACAGAGCAAGUACAUCUCCAGUUCUUGGACCUUGCAAAUAAUAGAAUAUCAGGAGCUAUACCUCGUGGUUUGGCUAACUUAAAAGCAAUGGCUCAAUAUAGCAAAAUAAGAUCUGAUAACCCCUUGGAGAGCAAGUUCGGAAGUAUAGGAGUAGACAACCACAUUGAAGCAAUAAAAUAUGAUGACAGCCAACAAAUAGUAAUGAAAGGUCAACAACUUUAUUACACCAGUGCAAUUGUAUAUAUGGUUGGCCUUGAUUUCUCCUGCAAUAAUCUACUUGGAGAGAUUCCAGAAGAAAUAGCAUCCCUUUUUGCGCUGAAGCUUCUGAAUGUUUCCCAUAAUCAGUUGACUGGAAAGAUUCCAGACAAGAUUGGCCUGCUGCAAGGAUUGGAAUCUCUUGAUCUCUCAUUCAACGAGCUUUACGGUGAAGUUCCGUGGAGUCUGACAGAGAUAACAACACUAAGCCACUUAAAUCUGUCCUAUAAUAAUCUUUCUGGAAGAAUACCCUCGGGAAGUCAGCUACAGACACUUUCUGAUUCAGAAUCCAUGUAUAUCGGCAACAACUAUCUAUGUGGGCCUCCUCUAUCCAUGAGCUGCUCACGACCCGGGGUGACAGAAGAUCACCAUGAAGUUAACAAUACAAAUAACAGAGAUUUGUAUCUCGGGCUGGCUGCACGAAAAAGGGUUUGUCACGGGACUUUGGAUGGUCUUUGUCAUCUUCUUAUUCGUGAAGACCUAGAGGGUUGCCUACUUCUAACUUCUAAGUGUUAG